AUGAAUGUGUACCAGAGCCUGAAGCAACAGCAGGGAGCCGAGCUGCAGGCCCUGGGGGGCUCCCAGCAGCUUCAGCGAGACAAGCAGGAACUCCAGGACAAGGUCACCUAUCUGCAGAGUUCUUUGCAAAAGCUACAGAGUGAGAGAGCAGAGAUGGAAAGGGUGCUAACGCGCCUUGGUAAAGACAAGUCGGGGCUCAGAAAGACUCUGGAGAAGGUGGAGAUGGAGAGGCUGAGGGUGGAGGAGGAGGCGGCGUCUGCUGCCAGAGAGAAGGAGCAGCUGGGACAGGAGCUGGCUGAGAGGCAGGAGGAGGUGCAGACAUUGCAGGCUCAAAUGUCCCAGUCGGAGCACUCUUAUGCACAGCACCUCCUGGAGGUGACUGCCCGCCAUCACCAGGAGUUAGAUUUGGAGACGGAUCGUCUGAGAGACACUCAGCUUCAAGUAGAGCAGGCCUUGGAGAGCAGGGAGAAGGCUCAUCGCCAGAGGGUGAAAUGCUUAGAGGAACAGGUGAUGACUCUCAAAGAACAGCUAGAUCAUGAGACAAGGAGACAAGAAGACGAAAGGCUUAUUUGAAUCAGAUGAUGCAGCCCGGUGUGUAGGCAGAGCCUGCAGUGAAGUAUGUAGCACCUCUGGCUUCCUCAUUCACUGCUCCUCUGGCAGCUUCCCAACAACAGUAUGUUACAAGCUACGUCCACACUUGGAAACACACGCGCAUACAAACACUCUCCGAAGGCGUUCGGUCCCACCCAUGCACAUGUGCACUGCGGAUUACAUUAAUCUGCAGGCAAACUCAACAACAACAAACAAUGAAUGUUUUGUUCAGAAGUGGACUGGAUGUGCCAAAUUGUUUUAAGGAUUUCCUCUGGCUUGGUGCGGUUGGGGUUUCUAAGUCUGUUUAUGCUGUGUCAUUUUUUUUAGGAAACAACGUGAUAAAAAGUAUCCUUAGUUGCUGCUUCAUACUCUGAUGAUUAUUCCUAUACUAUAUUUUCAGAAUCAGAAUACCUUUAUUAGUCCCACAGAGGGGAGAUUUACGAAAUAUGUUGAAACACUGUUUGUGUAUUCUAAUGAGAAUAUAGAUUCAAAUAUUAACAAUGUUUGUUUGCAUAUUCCCCUGCUUUGAGUUAGUCUUUCAGGCAAAGAUUAUAUGGUGUUAACUAAUUUAUUUGAUUAUAUGUUCAUGUAUUUGACUCAACCAAUGAUAAUGUGCCAAAGCUGUGAUUGAGUGUGUGAGAACACAGUUAUACAAUAUAUUUUCAGAAAGGUUUUGAUAAUCAAUUAUGUUUUUCUUCUGGCCACACAACUUGUUUUGGAAAAAGUUUUCUGUGAACUUUGGGAAGGACAGCACUGCCCUUUCAUGGCAUGUGAGUUCUGGCUUUGGUUCGCACCAUUAAAAGAUUUUGUGGAUUUAGUGUUGUUGGUGCGAGAAUGACCUUCGCUCUCUGUCUCCACUGCUGUCCCUAGUGUUUUCUUCCAAAGAUCGUUGCAGGACUUUGUGAAGAUCAUCGUUCCUUCAAAGUUGCUUGCGAUAUGUCUGUAAUCAUUCUCCAAUCCAAAAAUUCUUUAAAUAAUGCUUUAUUUUCUGUGAUAAUAAGAAAAAUUUAAUAUAUUCGUGUGUUUUUGUGUAUUCAUUCACAAAUGGAUUUACUGUAUGUAAAUAUGUAUGUUUCUUUGGAGCCAAGCUACUUCUUUCGACUCUUUCUUUCUUUUCAGUUCUUACAUUUGUCAGGGUUUGAGUUUUGUUGUGUCUAGUUGUGGGGUUAUUUUUGCUGUUCUGUUCUCCCUGUCAUGUUUUCCUCCUUGUGUCUUGUCU